CACAUUCGAAACAUUCAAGUUUGUCCAGGAUAAUUGGCGUGUGGUACUAUGUCACUAUAAUCCGAGUAAUUAAGUUUUUCUCCACCAAGUGUCCCUUACAAAACAGAGAGUUGAUUCAACCUAACCAGCUAAGCUUAAAGAAAAGCUGUACAAGAGAAGCUGAUGAUUGUCCCGACACCAGCUGAUAAAGACAGUCCAAAGACAAAGGGCAGCCUAAAGUAGCAUUGGAUGCCCCAGCUAGAAACCAGUUGAGGAUGAGUGAGUUCGAGGAGACAGGAGCAAAGGGGAUUGCUGAAGCUAAGGGUACGAGAGUGAUGGAUUAUAAUGAAGUUGAUCCAGAUUUGACGGAUCAUAAAUUUGAUUCGAGUAGAAAUCUUUCAAAAUCUUCUAGUGUUUCAAGUGAAAUUAAGGAAACAGCGGAAUGUAUACAGAUCCGGAUUCGUGAAUUGCGGCCACCACUCCCUGAACCUGCUGCUUGUAUAUUCAAAGUGCACCAGGGACUACGCAGCGUCAAUGAAAAAGCGUACACGCCCACACUGGUAUCCAUAGGUCCUUACCACCAUGAAAACCCCAACUUUAGUGCAAUGAAAGAACAUAAGUUGCGUUAUUUGCGUUCCUAUCUUCAACGCAUCAAUGACAAUAUUGAUAUUGGCACCAUCAAUGUGGAGCCUUACCUCCUGCGAAUGGAGAAAUUGGCGGAUAAGGCUCAAGUCUGUUACGCAGACCCCAUAUGUCUCGACAGAAAGAAAUUUGUGGAAAUGUUACUCCUUGAUGCUUGCUUUGUUAUCGAGUUUCUUUGCAAAUCUCAUUUACAAGAGGAUGACCCUAUUCUCAGAUCAACUUGGAUGAAAUUACAAAUCGGCCGAGACCUCAUGUUGCUUGAGAACCAGAUUCCCCUCUUCGUUCUCUCUGAAUUGUUUGACCUUAUCCGAGCUCGUUACAGACCUGUGACCCUCAUCAAGAUGGCAGCUUUGUUUCCCGUCAGUAUGAUGUUACCCAAACAAUAUUCCGAAACCAAAACCAAGGAACUAAUUGAGAAAACAUCUGCUGCUGGUGAAAGCAAGCACUUUCUUGACUUGGUGCAUAGGCUUUAUCUUCCCUCGUCUAGAAAGGAUAAAUAUUGUGUGGGAAUGUCUUGUGUGACAGAGCUUCAAGAGGCUGGUAUUAGCUUCGAAGUAAAUGAAAGUGAUGAUGUUGGCAUUUUUGAUAUACGCUUCGAGAACGGUCGCAUGAAAAUUCCUAAAUUUAAGGUGAAUGAUGUAACAGAGACAUUCUUGCGUAACAUUGUUGCCUACGAGCAGCAUUCCUCUCUUGACGACCACAAAUAUUUCACAGAUUAUAUAUCCAUUAUGGAUUUUCUUAUCCAUACGGGAAACGAUGCGAAUGCGCUUCGUCUCUGCGGAAUUAUAGAGAACAUGUUGGGUGAUGAUAAGGAGGUGGCUCUUAUGUUUAAUAAACUGGGUGAUGGAGUAGUAAUUCCACCAAAUUUCUAUUACUCAAAUGUAUGCAAAAAUGUGAACCACCAUUGUGAAAAACCUUGGAAUGAAGCCAUGGCGAAGUUAAGGCGCAACUAUUUCAACAACCCAUGGGCAGGUAUUUCUACCGUUGCAGCUGUUGUGCUCCUUUUACUCACUCUAAUACAGACUGCGGCAACCCUCAUUCCUCUGUUUUGAUUAGUUCAACAGGGAAAAAAAUACAUUGCAGCAGCAAGAUUAUGUUUCCAGCUUCCACCAGUUUCCUUAGCAGUUUACUCUCUUUUGAUAUCAAGCAAUAAUUGGUUGGUUUUCUCUUUGGUCUCUACCCCUUCGCGCACAAUGGGGGAUUUGUCUAUUUUAAUGAUACAAUCUUGUUCAAUUACUUUUUUUUUAGUGUUGUUCUGUUUUUUUAUUCAAUCAGAUAAUAAGAAGCUUACAAUUUACUAUGCUUUUUUUUUUUUUUUUUAAUACCAUUUCAUAUAUGAGAUUUUAGUUUCUUUCUUUGAGAAUUUUUUCAUUUGUUUUCUUGGAAGCAUUAGUUCUUUCACAGUGGAAGACAAAUGAACUGAAAUUGUGCACAGUGGGGAUGAAAAGUAGGCAGAGGCUAUUUUGGUCCAGGCAUUUACGGAGUCUAUGUGUUAAGUGCAUGGGCCCAUCUUAAUAUAUUACU